AUGCAGCUCAUCUAUGGCGGGCAGCCGUUUAUCUUCGAGAAGACCCUGAAGCUGUCGACGGGCGAGGAGAAGCGCUAUUGGCGCUGCAAUCAAUGGUGGAAUCAAAAGUGCCGCUCUCGCGUUUUCACAAUCAACGACAUUGUCUGCCCGCUGAAUCGCUUUCACACGCACGAGGAGAUUGUGCGGCGCAAGAAGCGUGUGCGGCGCGUCCCAGUGCCGGAUGCCAAUGCGAAUGCCAAAGCCUAUGCCACAACAACAGCCAGGCAGGAGCAGCAGGCACAGACGCAGCAGGCACAGCAGGAUCAACAGCAGCAGCAGCACCUCCAUCAUCACCAGCAGCAGCAGCAGCACCACCAUCAGCAGCAGCUGGCUAGCGAUGCCAUGCUGACCACCACGUUGGCGGACGAGGCCACAGCCACCAUCGAUGUGAAUGAGCUGGGCAUGCAUUUAAAAUAUGAGGAGAUUGUCGCCGAUGUAACUGGCAUUGUGGGCGGCACCCACACCCAUGCCCGUGUGCUGGGCCGCAAGAAGUGAGGGAGGCAGCGGUAGCAGCAGCGGCAGGGUAUACGUAGUUCGUAGUGUUUCAAUUGUCUAUAAUUAAUACAUUCAUGCUUCUACAGGGCAUACACACACACACACACAUUAUUCAAGUAAACGCAAUUUUAAUAAACUUAACUAAGGCUUCAAACAGCACACAA